AUGAGUGGUAUUGCAUUAAAAUUAACGUCAUUAUUAGUUCGAACAGUUGCCAAACCAAUUGCCACCGCAUUAAAAACUCAAGCCAAAGAACAUGAAUUUUUUAAAAGAGCAUGUAUUGGUAUAGCUCAAACUGUUCAUACUACAGAUUUAACCUUAAGAAUGUCAUUGUUAGGGGAAAAGAGAAUUAAGAUUAGACCUUUGAAUGAUACAAAAGCUGUUGAAAAUGGAGCUAAUUUCUUAUCUGAAUUCUUUAUAUUUAGUGUGGCAGGAUCUCUUAUAUUUUAUGAGAGUUAUAGAAGUAGAAAGAAAGCCAGUGAUGAAAGAGAUGCCAUUGCUGAUGAUAUUAAUGUCUUACAGAGUGAGAUU